AUGGCGUGGCAAAUGGAAAAGGGGGAUGGAUCCUUACUGGUUAAUUCUUUCAAGCAGAAAUACUUUAAGGGCUUUGCUUUUGUGGAUGCGCCUUAUAAAUCCAAUCCCUCGUGGGCAUGGAAAAGUAUUCUCUCAGCUAAGGAGGUCAUUAAAAGAGGGGUGUGGCAUCUUCGGGCUUAUAAGAAAAUUCAGAUCUUUAUUUGGUUGAGCCUUCAUGAACGGAUUCCGGUGAACAAUCAGCUUUUUAAGCGUGGGGUGUCUCAAUUUUCUGGUUGUGCUUAUUGUGGGCAUUUUGAUGAAAGCGUGGAUCAUCUUCUUUGCACUUGUCCAUUUGCUUGUAAGGUUUUGAAAUUGAGUCAUCUUCGUUUGGAUUUCAGCGGCGCGUUUCCUACCACUUGGCAAAAGCGUUGGGUUGAGAUGUGCAACAGAUGGAGUUCCACAGCGCAGUCCGCUGACUGUAGUGGAUUGGCGGCUUUCAUCUGUUGGUCUAUCUGGAAAAGCCGAAACAACCUGACUUUUUACAGGUCUAGUAGCGAUCCUUUUGAAGUGGCUCAGAGGGCUUUUAGCGAUUUCAAUGAAUUUUCGGAAGUCUCUCGCCAGCAUCUUCUCCUUUAUUUUCCUUCUCCUCCUUCCCAUGUUAUUAUUUCAAAAUGGAUUGCUCCUGUUGAGGGAUUUCUCAAGCUCAACUUUGAUGCGGCUUUCAAUUCUAUUUCCAAGUCUUGUGGUGGCGGUAUUAUCUUGAGAAAUCAUUUGGGUCAACCAAUUAAGAUUGCAUCAGUGGUCUUACAUAAUGUUAGCAGCCCAUCCUUAGCGGAUAGUUUGGUGUUGAGAGCUUCUCUUCUUUUGUUGAAGGAUUGGGGUUAUGAGUUUGUUGUGGUUGAAGGAGACUGCCACUCGGUGCAACGUCUUCAACCUUCAAUGGUGUCUCUUUGA